AUGAAGCGUACCGCUUAUCUCAACGAUCAACGGGACAAAGCCACAAGAACAGCUACGAUGAGAGAGCAUCCCUAUGCAUCCCACAUCUCUAGGUUUGCAGUGUUUCCAUCCUUCAGCUCCCCUGAUGACCCACAGACAGGACAAACUAAACCAGUAAAAGAAGAGGAUCAAGGUUUCUACCCCACACCUUCAAAGAUAAUACAUCCCAACCCUCGACUUCGUGACUGGAAUUUGACAUUAUCAGAGCGUACAAGCAACAUGCUGAAAAACUUAGAAAGAACCCAAUGGAUCACCUCAUACCAAAUGCAAUAUUCAGGAUUGGGGGCAGCAAUUCCCAUGAAAAUAGAUGAUUUCAAGGAAAAAAUGUGUAACUUCAUCGGGAUGGAUUCACACUCUGCAACACAGCAAGCUCAAAGUAAAAUCUCUGUGUAUGAGGGCCGACAGAGAGAAAACUGCAGCGUUUGGUCAGAUGAACAUCUCAUGCGAGAACCUGAACCGCAAAACAUCCAAAAGGCAGAUGCUUCUCAGAUUGCAAAUCCAGAGCGAUGGCCAAACCUGGACAGCGGCCCAUAUUCUCAGACAGAGCUCAAAAGCAACAGCCGUCCCGUGCACCAGCAGGUAGUUGAUUUAUCAAGAGCCAAAAUGGCAAACUUUACCAGAAGACAGACAAGUUCUAAAUCAAAUACGGGGUUAAGAUCAGAGGCAUCCUCAGAUGAGGAAGGUAAAACAGAGCGCAGAGAGCCCACACUUGUUUUCUCUAAUCCCUGCAUUCUGCCUUACAUCCAGCAAGGGAGUCGUUCAGCCCGCCGUACUGGAACUGUGGCUACAAUUAGAGGAGAUUUAAGCCUUCUUGACAUGCAAAAUUCAUUCAGUAAAUCAGAGGCCCAUCGAAACUUCAACACAUCUGUGACUCGUGCCGCUGCGAACCUGAGAGACAACGUUGUCAGUGGCAAAAAACACAACUUCUUUGGAAUCAACUGCAACAACAUUCGUGGAUAA